GGGGUGAGGUGUUUGUUCUCAAUUCUUCGACGCUUUGUUUUGCUUGUUAACGUGCUCGCUACAAACACUGUAUUGUAUACAAACAAAUUUUAGCGUUAAGUACACGUAAAAACCGCGAAAAGUGUGUUAAAAUAAGGCCCGAUAAUUUUUGGUGUGGUGACAAAUCGUUGCGUGGGGUUGAUGCGCCCAGGGUUGAAUAAAAAUCAAUAGUCCGGCGUCUAGCGGCCAGUCUACAGUGUGUUUAUGCUGUUUAUAGUGAUUUUUACCGUAAAAUAAAGUCAUAAUGACCACAGAGGGCGAAGACAUACAGGAAGUGAAAAGUGAGGACAAGAAAGACAUUGAAAUGGAGGAACGCGAGAAAAUGCUCAACGUUGAAAACAAAGCGCAGGAAAAGCCGGUUACAGAAGCAACCGAAUCGGUUGAAGACAAGAAAAAAGAAAUUCUCGAAAGUAUGGAGAUGAAGCCAAAGAAAAUACCUAUUGGAGGUAUUCAGAUGCCUGGGUUUUUCACCAGAAGCAAAUCCAAGGAUAAAUGCAAGGAGGAUGCUGAACAAGCUGAAGUGGAAGGAACUGAAUUAAUUAAUAAGGAACCAGAAAACAAGGAAACAACAGAAAAUCAAAAGCGUAAAAUUAAACUGCCAGGAUUUUUGAAUAUUUCGAAAAAAAGUGCUUCUGAAGAUGCUGACAAAUCGGGAGAGCCAAAAGAAAAAAAGAGUUUAAUAGACUCUAUUCGUAUACCGAUUGUUUCGGUUCUAUCGCGAAAAAAAAAUCAACCCUUGGACCAAUCAGCGCAGGCCGGUUUGGCGUCUAUGGAGACCUUGGACGAUAAAAGCCAAAAUGAGUUGAAAAAGGUCGACCUAGAAGAGAGCAAGGACGAAAAAGACGCGGAAAAACAAGAGACUGAAGUGCCGGAACAAACAUGGAGGCAAAAAUUGAUGGCGUACAGAAUUGCCAUAAGUGCUCUGUUGUUAUUUAUUCUUCUCAUAAUCAUCAUAAUUAUUAUCGCCGUUCCCGGAAAAUCAUACCCAGCGUCGCCUCCGAUCAAAGAUGGCCGUUUUAUCGAGACCAUCACAGGUUGCGGGAAAGUUGAAGGAAUGCUAGAAGACAGCGCUUUCGCGUUCCGCGGCAUCCCGUACGCGCGGCCGCCCGUCGGCGACCUGCGCUUCAAGCACGCGCAGCCUCUAAACCGGCAGGAAUUCUGCCAGAACGGCACGUUCUCGGCGCACAACGCCUCCCAAAGCUGCCUGCAGAUCGACGGCGCCGGCGCGCUCAGCGGCGCCGAGGACUGCCUCACGUUGGACGUGGUCACCCCCAAGGUCCGCUACGACAACCCCCUCCCCGUCAUCGUGCUCAUCGGGGCGGACAGCCUGAUGGGCGGCUCGCCGGGCAAGAUGCGCCCCUCCGCCAGGUACGCGAGGAGCAAGGACGUCGUUUUCGUCAGGCCCAACUUCCGGCUGGGCGCGCUGGGUUUCUUGGCGUUGGAACAGUUGACGAAGUCCGAGUACCCCAAUUCCUCGGGGAAUUACGGGUUGUCGGAUAUUCUCGAGGCCUUGAAGUGGGUGCAGCUGAACAUCGAGCAUUUCGGGGGCGAUAAAACAUCCGUAACCUUGUUUGGGCACAAAGCAGGGGCUACUUUGGUAACAGCGUUGGCUACCAUCAAAGGGGCUGAUAAAUAUUUCGCCAGGGCUUGGGCUACAUCCGGUGGGGCUUUAUACCCAACCAAACCACUCGCAGAGUACGAAAUCGACAACAAAAGUUACCUGGAAGGGUUGCAGUGCGAUAGCGUGGACUGUCUUAGAACUUUGGACGCCAAAAAGUUGACGCAAGCCGUGCAAGACACAUGGAGGAAACCACAGCCUGAUUUACCCUCACCAAGCGAGCAACCGCUGAAAAGACACGAGUGGUUGGUGGUUGACGGGGUUAUAUUAAAGGAAAACCCUGCCACCAUAUGGGCAGAGCCGAAAGACUUACCUGUGAAGCUUGUUAUUGGCAGUACGGCUCAAUCAGGCUCCUCAAACAAACUCCUGAUGAAGCACACCAACUGGACCGAAGAUUUGGUGAAAAAACACGUUACAGAAUCAUUUUUGGCCGCCAAAAACCUCACCCAACUCGCUUUAAGCAAAUACCCGGCAACAUACAAAGGUCUAUCCGAGAUGAUAUCCGACAUCCGCACCGUCUGCCCGCUGUACGCAAUCACCACGCAAAUGCACAACGUUCCUUUCUACGUGGUGACUCAACCCAGGGGUGUACAAAAUAUAUCCGACGUCGAUUCGGACGUAGACGCCAUCUUGGGGCGCUACGAGCCGAAAACUCCCGAACAGCGCCGAUACGUUUCGGCGAUGCAAAACUUUUUCUAUCACUACGUGUGGCAGGGCACCAUUGAGGGGGGUUUCACUCCAACAAAUAGAGUGCUGGUUGUUGGGCAGGAUGUUUUACCCAACUCUACUUACUCCCAUUGCGCUUUUUGGAUAGAAAAUAACGUGGUUUUGUCCUAUGCAGCUCUGGAUUAAAUUAUUGCUUUAGCGCGACCCUCCCCCUUAAGUGACAAGACUUAAGGGGGUUUAUUUAUUUCACUAUGUAAUGUAAUGGAGCAGUUGCCAAAAAUGACUGUGCUAAGCUAUUAUUAUAUGAUAUUGAGACUGGAAGGCUGUUUUACAAUGAAAUUAUACUUUUUAAACGUUUUUCUCAACAAAAAUCACCGAAGUUUUUGUAUUUAUGUAGGCCUAACAUUAAUUUUCGUUUUUUGGUCUCCUAAAGAUAAGAUUUAAUUAUUUUAUUAUUUAUCUGUAGAUGUUUUAUAUGUAUUUAACUUAUAUAAUAUUAAUAUACGUCAAAUAUAAAUUUGACUGGCUCAUAUGAUACUCAUUAGCUUAUGUCCAUAUAAACUGGGAUUUUAUUUGUAAAAUUUACACUUUACAAUGUAUUUUAAUAAUUUUACAUGUUUUUUU